AUGUCAUCUUUGCGCAAUUCGACGCACCGUCGCAACCACAAAGAGCGUUCCCAGCUCACGCACCGCGCAAAAUUUGGCAUACUCGAAAAGCACAAGGACUAUGUGCUACGUGCGCGGGACUACCACUCCAAGAAGGACAGGAUCACUCGCCUGCGCCAGAGGGCAGCGGAACGCAACAAGGAUGAGUUUUACUUUGCGAUGAACAGACAGCAGACGAGGGGGGGCGUGCAUAUGCAGAGUAGAGGGAAUGAGGCGCUCCCAGUGGAUAUUGUGAAGGUGUUGAAAUCACAGGAUGAGAAUUAUCUGCGGACGAUGCGGACGGCAGGGCUGAAGAAAAUUGAGAAGCUCAAGAACCAGCUGACUGCCCUUGCGGACUUGCUCAAGCGGAACCCUACCGCCGAAGAGGAGGGAGACGCUGAGGACCUGAAUGAGGAGGAGCUUGGGGCCUUGAGGGAAGCAGGAAUUCUUGCGGCACCAUCUGGAAAGCGACGGAAGUCGACCGGAGGCACUAGGAAGAAUCAUAUUCUCUUUGCGGAGAGCGCGGAGGAGGCUCGAGAAUAUGCUUCUGCGCCUCACAAGCAACAACAGAAAGAGGAUGACGUCCACAUGGAUGACGCCUCAGAGGAUGUAGACCUCGGAUGGAAAGCUCCUCAAGAGGAUGUCGCGAGCAAGAAGAAGCGCAGAAAAUCUGUAGCGAAGGACGCCAAGGCAGAUGAGGUCGCAGAGGAAGAGCGCAGGCAGGCUGCGGCAGAGCACCGAACACGAUUACUCAAGGAGCUCUCAGCACGUCUGUUCCGAGACCGGCAGUUGCGAUACGCGGAGAGGGAGCUCGAGAUGCAGAAGCUUAUUAUGGGGAAGGGAACGGCGCGGAAGCUCCGGGGAGUCGAGCAGGUCGAGGAUGAUGAUGACGACGACGAUGCGGACGACGACGACAUGAGUGAGCGACGGCCCAAGAAGGUAGACGAGAAGACGUGGAAGCCGAGGGUGUACAAGUGGAGGGUUGAGCGCAAGAAGUGA